AUGAGAAGUGUGCACAAUAGGGAAUGGCAACCCAAGCUGACAGCUAUUACGGAAUCAAAAGAUUUGAAAACCAUGGAUCUUGCGACCUUGUUCGGCAAGCUCCAAGAGUAUGAAAUGGAGCUAACUAGAAUAACCUUGAAGGAACAAGCCAUCAAGAAAAGCAAGGGACUUGCCUUGAAAGCCUCAACACCAAGCAAAGAGAAGGAUGAGGAAAAAGAAGAUGGAGAUUCCGAAAAUGGUCUUGACGAAGAUGAGAUGAGUCUCUUCGUAAAGAAGUAUGGAAAAUUCUUUAAGAAGAAUUUUUCAAAGAAAUCUGCAUUUCCCCCUAGAAGAAGAUCUAAAGAUGAAGGAUCAUCACAACUUACCAUCACUUGCUUUGAAUGUGGAAAAACCGGUCACUACAAAUCGGAUUGUCCAAAUAAUCAAAAGAAAGAAAAAUAUGAAAAGAAGCAAGGCAAGGAUAGAAGGAACUUCAAGAAGGCCUAUCUUGCUUGGGAUGAUGAAUCUAGUUCUUCCGAUGAUGAUUCCAAGGAAGAAGCAAAUCUAUGCUUCAUGCAAGAUGGAAGACCAUCGGAGAAAUCAAGCAAAGGAACUCAACAUAUAUGUCUAAUGGCAAAUGAGGACAAAAAUGAAUCCGAAACCGAGGUAAACUCAUCUUGCUCUACUUUUUCCCCUUCAUAUGAUGAGUUGUCUGACAUGUUUGAAGAAAUGCAUAAUGAAACACUAAUACAUGUUAAAGCUCUUAGAGCAUCAAGAAAAACUAUUAAUUCUUUGGAAAAACAAAUUGCAUCUUUAGAAAAGGAAGUAAAAGAGUUGAAGGAUGAAAAUGAAACUCUCAAAUUACUUGAUGCUAGCAUUGAUUGUAUUAAAUGCCUAUCUUCAAAUGAUCAUGCAUUUUCAUCAUCAUGUACUUCAUGCAAAGAUCUAAACAAUGAAAUUGAUGAUUUAAAUGAAAUUCUAAGCAAAUUCACAUGUGGAAGAGACAACUUAAAUAUGUUGCUUGGUCAUAGUGCAUCCACUUGUAAAGUUAGAAAGAAUGGUAUUGUUAGGCAAAAGAAAGUGUGGGUUUGUUUGAAGGAUAAAAGCUUCAAGUGGUACUUGGAUAGUGGUUGCUCAAGUCACAUGACGGGAGAUGUAACUAAGUUCCAAUCAUUCACCAAGAAAGAGCAUGGACACGUUUCCUAUGGAGAUAACGACAAAGGAAAGAUCCUCGGUAUUGGAAAAGUUGGUAACUCCUCCUCCGUUUCUAUAGAAAAUGUUUUGCUUGUUGAGGGCCUUAGGCAUAACUUGCUUAGCAUUAGUCAAUUGUGUGAUAAAAAUUAUAAAAUUAUUUUUGACUCGACCUAUUGUAAAAUUGAGAGUCUAAUUGAUGGGCAAGUUAAGUUUCUUGGUCAUAGAGUGGACAACAUUUAUAUGAUAGACUUAGAUG